CGAUGGGCGCUAGCACCUAUGGAGACGUCGUUGUACGACCUGCGAAAGAUCUGAAAGAAGCCAGGGACCUGUGGUGGCCGUUGAUGACAACCUUAGGCUGGGUGAAUAUUUUCCUGUUCCUGAGUUGUGAGAAAAGAAAGAAUCUGACUGUCAAUAAUGUCCAGAAUCGCUCAUAUCAUGAUCUUGAAUCAUACAUCUCGGCAUCACACUCCCGAGGUUUGCUUGUUGCGGUACCUGACGGAUCUGACGAGCCUGCGGGUCAUUGCCAGUCGACAAUCUAUGACAACGCGACCGGAUGGGUCACCCUGUUUGUGGUACAGCCUACCAGCCAAGGAAAAGGUUACGGAAGAGCUCUAUUUGACGCAGUGUUGCAAGAAUUCAAGGACAAUGACACAGCUACCAUUGGACUGGAUGCAGUAGUUGAACAGAAGUCCACUUACGAACGUCGAGGGUUUGUUGAGUCUCCGCUCGGCAAGAUUCGCUGUAUGUCUUGGAACAUCUCGACCGAUAUUCACCAUACCACAUCACAUGACCCCAAUACGAGGUUGCAGCUCAUCGACAUUAAGGAUGUCCCACACCAUCUUCUGGCAAAGUCCGAUCUCGAUCAUACAGGAUUCGGACGCAAACAGCUUUGGAGUGAAAAGUUUUUCAACAGAUCUGAUGUGUCCGGAUUUGCCCUGGUCAAUGAAGAAGGUGCUAGAAAGGAUGAAGAAAUCCGUGCCUGGACGGUUAUGCGCCAGGUUCCUCAAGGAUACCGCUUAGGCCCGGUGUACGCAGCAGAUCAAAACUCAGCACACAGGAUCAUCGUUGCUGCGAUGAAGCACGCGAUGAAAAAGAUUGAAAAUGCCUCAACCACAUCCGCUAUGCCGCAGCCCGGAGUAGAACAUUUGAGAACCUAUACACUAACGGCGGAGGUGUGGGAUGGGAAUCCUCAUGCCGUGAAGCUUUUCGAAAUGCUGGGGUGGAGCUCCCUCGGUGUGGACUAUCAUCGCAUGUGGUUGAAUGGAAAAGCUACACCGCAACAGUCUAAAGGCGGGCUGGCACACACGGGUAUGUACGCCAUUUUUGACGCCGCCAUCGGA